AGUCGACUUGCGACAGCAGUCGUGACCAGACACGCCGCGCGCCACACGAACGAGGACAUCAUCGUCAUUAUCAUCAUCGUACACGAGCUUAUAUCCUUCCUUAUAUAUAGAAAAAAAAUAUAUAAGAAAGAAAACAGAACGAAAACUGAGUACGUAGUAGCAUACAUACCCGCGCGCGCAAACACAAACACACACACCCGUACAUAAACAAAGCACAGCCAUAUACCUUGUAUAUGCUCAUUAUUGUUCGCACACACGUACACAUAGACAGAGGACAUUGAUCGGAGCAGAGCAUCAUCAGCAACAACAACAACAACAACGACAGCGAUCCACCUGCCAACACGCACUUUAAAAAGUUUCGCGAAUCCAGAAGUUUCCCCGUGGGCCGAUCAAACUUGCGGCUUUUGUUACACGGAGUGUGCGGAGGUGUGUGCGUGCUUGAAUUCGCCAUUAUUAUAACGAGUGAUCGCCCGAGCUUCAGGUGGUGUGUGUACCCGUGCGCGAGUGCGAUGUUGUUGUUUAUCGUUGAUGAAGAUCGUCGUCGACCAAGAGUCAGUUAAAAAAAAAAAAAAUAAGGCAGCGAUCAAAGCUCCGCAGCUGCUGUUUUUCGUUCGCGCGUUAAUGCGACUAUCUGCUACUGUGUGUGCGUCGAGUGAGAAAGAGCGAGAGAAAAAAACACGAGAAAUUUAUGUGCUUUAAUAAUUUGCUCGUUGACGUCGUUUCUCGCUACUACUACAAUACAUCGUAGCCACUGCAUCCACUGGUGUGUUGAUUAUUCUAUAUGAAAAAGUUUAUAUAUAAAUAAUUUGUUUAUAUAUAAUAUACGUGUAUGUGUGCAAUCGUAUUAAAGUAAUAAAGUGUGCGUCAGUGCUAGUUGUGUAUACACCUUGGCGUCGUCCACUAUAUAGGCAACAUCAGCAGCAGAGAUAUUCGCCAUCAUCGAUUGUUCGCGCGCUCACUGCUGCUACACAUAUAUAUAUAAUAUUAUAUAUAAAAGCGAGAAGGUGCACACUCGCGCCUCUCUUACAAUCCUUUGUUUUCUUCGCUGCUCUCCGCCGCGGCUCUUACGCAGUCAAGGUUGCGGAAUUGUGUGCGAUCCUCAUCUCUACGGCGAGCCGUUAACCUCUCGAGAGCAGCAUCUAUAUAAGUGAGAGAAACUGCAACUGCAAUAAUUGCUGCUACUCCAGUUUUCAGAAUAUAAUAACAACGAGUGAUCUGCCAUUUGGGGCUAUACAUGUAAAGUGUGUGUGUAUUAUGUUAUUUAAUGUGUGAGUGCAGUGCACCGUUGCCGUUGUUAUAGGGCCGAAAUAAUAUAUACAAAGUAUAUAUUGCAACAGAGACAAAAUAAAAACUGCAACGCGUCCCUCUUUGGCUCACUGCAAAUGCCGGUGUCUUGCAUUGACAACAACCACCGCUUCUUGCCUCAAUAAAACUUCGUCUUUCUUCGACUGCAUUGCAGCAGCGUCCGUUCCUCGCCCGAUCGCGCAACAAUUUUUUAGGUGGAUUCCUACUCGGCUGUGCAAACGUAACGGAGGAAGCAACAGCAACGGCGACGCAUAACAGAGAGAGACAGUCGACAGCAACAGCAGCAACAAGAGAGGAGCUCGCCUGAAACUGAAAAUUGCAUCUCUCGCUGUCAAAGGCACCGGGAUCUUGCGCGUGCGGCCUCUCUCCGCCUCUUAUAUUCUCUUCACGACGACGUCACUUUAUUCAAUAACCACGGAGUUCGUUUCACCGGGCAGACAUCACGCCGCGAACGAAAGACGGGAUUUUAAGGAAUGCCGGUUGACUGAAGAUGGCCUCGCCGACACCAUCGCUGGAAUCGCGUGCUAAUUCACUCGGCUCAUUGGCCUCUUUGUCACCGCUGACGGUGAGCGGCAGUUCGCCACCGGCGAGCGAUUCAGCGAUCGGCGACGUCGACAGCUGCGACCUCUGCCUCGACGCACCCCUCAACAAGCAAGCCGGAGACACUCCCUGUCCACGCUGCCGCGGUGGUAGCAGCAGCGCCGGCGCAAGCAGCCUCUCGUCCAACUCGUCCACGACCACGACCUCCAACGGCCACUUGGGCAGCAGCGGCGUCAACAACCACAACGGCAACAGCCAGAACGGUAGUAGCGGCAACAACAGCAACCAUAACAACAGCAACAACCUCCACAACAACAACAACAACAACUCGCAGCUGCUGAACGGCAACAGCGGCUCGUCCCAGAAUCUCGCCACGACCAUUAACGGCGGCAUACGCUGCACCGGCUGCAAGUCCAACGAGUCCGACGCGGUAGCGCGUUGCUUCGACUGCGCCAACUUUCUCUGUCCAAACUGCGUGAUGGCUCACCAGUUCAUGCACUGCUUCGAGGGUCACCGGGUGCUCAACCUCGGCGACUCCAAGAUUUCAGCUAACAAUCCUGGCAACUCACCCGGCGGCCAGAACGAGUCCAGCAACAACGCUGGUCUCAACAAUGGCCAGCAGCAGCAGCAGGUGGUAAGCAGCAACGGCCAGGACAACAAUUCCGGCAAGCAAAUCGGCUCGCAGGCCACCAACAACGUCGUCCAGAGCCUCGUGAGCGGCACCACGUCGCUCCUCAUCAACGGCGGCGGCGGCAGUAACGGCGAGAAGGUGCUGCUCUGCAGCCGACACAAGAGCGAGGUGCUCAAGUACUUCUGUCGCACGUGUUCCGUGCCCAUCUGCAAGGAGUGCACCGGCUCCGAUCACCCCAGUCCCAUGCACGACUACGCAAGCAUCGCCGACAUCGGGCCCCAGCAGCUCGAGAUCAUAGCGAGAACCAUACAGGAGUGCCGAUCCAAGGCGAACGAGGUCCGGGCAGCUGUGAAGACCGCCGACCACGGGGCCGCUCGGCUCCAGGUCCAGUACCACAAGGCCCAGAACGAGAUCAACGACACCUUCCAGUUUUACCGCUCGAUGCUCGAGGAGCGCAAGCAGGAGCUGCUCAAAGAGCUCGAGAGCAUAUUCUCGGCCAAGCAGAUAUCCUUGAGCGUGCUCACUCAGAAAGCCAACGACAUGGCCGACAAGAUGCAGCAGACCUGCGAUUUCGUUGAUCGCCUCACCAAGUACACCACGCCCACGGAGGUGCUCAUGGUCAAGAAGCUCUUGGACGCCAAACUCCAGCUCAUGCUCAGCUACAAUCCCGACAUCAACAGCCAGGCCGCUGACCUCGAGUUCGUUAGCAAUUAUCAGGCCAUCCAGGUCGGCGUGAGGAACACUUUCGGCUACGUACGCAGCAGCAGCGAAGCCAACUCGGCGCCGCAGAACAAGCAACCGCCAAUCGCCCGGCCCACGGCUCUCAACAGCACGGGCAGCAGCAUCGGCAACAGUAGCAACGCCAGCAGCGGUCCCGGAAGCUCCGGCUCAUUGGGUGGCCUGCUCCUCGAUCGACCUUACAGCAACGGCCUCAUCUCGUCCGGCUCGAACUGCAACUCCAGCACCUCGCCGUCGCCCUUUGAGAACGCCGGUUGCGUUAUAUCCAAGCGAUUUUCUUCGGCCAACAGUUUAGGCCCUUUCUCGACGAGCAUCAGCGACCUCAACAUUAACGGAAUGAACAACCCCUACGAAAAGUGGAGCAACGGCAGUAGCGACAGCUACCAAGUGUCCGUCAACUCGGCCGACCAUUUCCCCGUCCCAGCGAUUACCGCUGUUAACGCUCAAGGUGCGCCCGGAGACUCGGUGCUCGAUCUCACCUCCAAGCUCAUACCACCAACGGCCAUAUUCCCCCUUAAAUCGCAAAUCAAACGACAGAAAAUGAUCUAUCACUGCAAGUUUGGCGAGUUCGGCGUGAUGGAAGGACAGUUCACCGAGCCUUCCGGAGUGGCUGUCAACGCUCAAAACGAUAUCAUAGUGGCGGACACGAACAAUCAUAGGAUUCAGAUUUUUGACAAGGAAGGACGUUUCAAGUUCCAGUUCGGAGAGUGCGGCAAGCGCGAUGGACAAUUGCUCUACCCGAAUCGCGUGGCUGUAGUUCGCACUUCCGGCGACAUCAUUGUGACCGAGCGCUCGCCCACGCAUCAAAUUCAAAUUUACAAUCAGUACGGACAGUUUGUGCGUAAAUUCGGCGCAAACAUACUGCAGCAUCCCCGCGGAGUUACUGUCGAUUCCAAAGGACGUAUCGUCGUGGUCGAGUGCAAAGUCAUGCGAGUCAUUAUCUUCGACCAAGCCGGCAACGUCUUGCAAAAGUUCGGCUGCUCGAAGCACCUCGAAUUCCCCAAUGGCGUAGUGGUCAACGAUAAGCAAGAGAUCUUCAUCAGCGACAAUCGCGCUCACUGCGUCAAGGUUUUCGAUUACGAAGGCGCGUAUUUGCGACAAAUCGGAGGCGAAGGUAUAACCAACUACCCCAUCGGCGUUGGCAUCAACGGAGCUGGAGAGAUCCUCAUUGCUGAUAAUCACAACAACUUCAAUCUAACCAUAUUCACUCAAGAUGGACAACUGGUAUCGGCUCUUGAAAGCAAAGUCAAACACGCCCAGUGCUUCGAUGUGGCUCUCAUGGAUGACGGCAGCGUCGUAUUGGCUAGCAAAGAUUAUCGACUCUACAUUUACCGAUACGUACAAGUACCGCCAAUUGGUAUUUAGAGUCACGCCCCACGUCACGACGAUGAUUCGCUCUAUUUUACAAGUGUCAUAACAGCAAGAAGAAAGAAGAGAAAUGAGUUUAUUGCGAUGCCGUGUGAAGAUUAGCUAUAGAAGAUGAAAAAUAUUAAAGUCAGCUGAUUCACGUGUGUGUGUGAGUGUGUAUGUGUGUAUGCGCUUAUCGUUUCUCCGCUGUAAACCCCUCUUCUAUAGAUAUAAAGUUGUGUGCUUAUGCGAGCGCACGCGUUCUCUCGCAACCCUAUGACAAGAAGGUCAAGGCGAAGGGAAAUUCCAGAAGUCAUUCUACUCUGCGUGGAGCUUGGAAAAUAUUGUAUGAUUUCGAACUCUUCUUAUGUUUCGUAAAUGUAUCUCGAAAAAUCUUUCUGCGAGAUGAGAGAUAGACAACACAUCGGAUAAAUGAGGAAAGUGUCGCUGCGAGAAAUUGAUAAAAAAGAAUCCCUAUUUGUUACGUUGCUCAAAAGGCAUGAAACUAGGAUAAAAAAUUUAAUGAAGACGUGCGACAAAACUUACUCUUGUUAAUGUUGUUAUAAGCUAAAAAAUACUGUUGUUGUUUAGUUGUAGAGCUCGCCACCGCUAGUCACUUUCCCUUUACUAUUAUUCAUCUGAAUCCUAUUUUUUAUACUUUUUGUACUUCCCUUUCACCCAACUUUAUCCAAUGUCGUGUUAUUUCCAAGCAUCCAUUCGACAAGUGUUGUAUGUAUUGAACUUCAAUACAUUUGUUAAAAUUUCUUGCAUUUUCAUCAUCCCAUUAUUGAUUAACUUUAUAAUUGUGAGUUUUUAUGUAUUAUAUAAUUUGUAUGUUUUAUUUAUUUUUUUUUUUUUUCUAUUACACUCUGUUGACAACUUGACUACGUAUUCAAGGCGCGUUUGAUCAUUCGAAAAACAACAUUGAUUGUCCACAGUCAAAAUCGUAUUUAAUGUUCAUGAGACAUUUUAUUGAAAAUGUUGAUAAAUGGCGUAAAACGAACCAAUUUUUCAGUUCGUUGUUCAGGGUAGCUUUACUUUGUUGAUAAUUGUUUAGGUAUUAUGAUUGAUUUUUUUCGAUUCUCUUGUUUCGAAGACAAGUUUAUGUCGUCUGAUUUAUUGUAUUGUUCUAUAAAAGGUUGAAAAAAUUUACAAGUUUUGAAGACCUGACACGCAUCGUUUAUGGCUCAAUGAUUAAAGGGGUAAGAUGCCUGUAUUAUUUUUAUAAAAGUAGCCGUUAUUGUGAAGUAGUCUAAAAUUUGUCUACACAAUGGGUCAUUUCAACUUUUAAAUAUUGUCGCCCUUUUUAUUAACGAUACAAAUGACCAUUAUAAUUAGUUAUUAGUUACUUUUAAAUAGAUUAUAUUUUAUUACUUACUUCGAUUAUUACUAUAAUUAUUAUUAUUGCUAUUAAUAUCUUGAUUAUUAUACAUAUAAUUGCUAUUGUAAUGACACGAAGGAGUAUAAAAAUAGUGAUAUCUCACGCGUAUAUUCUUAAUUUAGUCGGUUAGAUUUAUCUCAUUUCUUUCAUUUACUUGCACACAAUGAUGGGCUGGAAUGAGCUUACAGUUAUGAAAUGAACUUUCUCGUUAUUUAUUAUUACUAUUAUUGAUUUACAUCAAAUGCUAGUUAACAAUGUUUUAUCAUUUUGAUUUUUGAAUUAACAUUCUACUAUACGAUGACUGCAUUUAGAGCAGUUUUAAUGACUGAAUAGAAAAAAGUAAAAAAAUUUGAAUUAUUCAAAUUCAGGAUUUUCGUCGAAAAUUAAUGCUAUGUUAUCGUAUACUUAAAUUUUCAAUUAAAUUCAAGUUUUUUACUUAAUAAUUGUGACAAACCCAGCUCAUGAGAUGGGAUCGUUUGUUUUGCUUCAUAUUUGUCUUGUAUAUUCUAUCCUAAUGUUUCAUGUUUGUAACAAUCAAGUUUCUUUGAUCAGAGUCCUUUGCGUAUUAAAUAUGUAUAUAAAUAUAUAUUUUUAAAUUUAAGAAAUCGUUUCGUAUAUACUGUAAAAAAUAACGAUGCGAUAAAGUUUAAAAGUAUUUUGAAUACUAAAUUUGCAUCGAUAAAAAAUGACAGCAAACAAAGUGCACUCAAAUCAAAGAGUUGAAUAUUUGUUUUCAUUUGAGUGUAAAGAUUCAAAACUCAAAAAUAAAAAGCAAUGCAGACAUGAGACUUGGGAUGUAAUUUAAGGUGAACUUAAGUUAAGCAUUGGACGUGUCUAUUUGGAUUAUAACGAGGUAAAGCAAACUACCCAUAACUUCCAGUAUUAUAUGCCGGUUCAAAGUUGACAAUAUUAUUUGGUAUCAUUUAUGAAAAUGUAAUCUCAUUUAAUUUAGGUUGUUUAGUUAGAAAAAAUUUACAAUCUUAUACAAAUGGAUGCAAAACUUUUUGCUCUGACAUUAUUUAUUUUAUUCAUUUUUCGCGCAUUUCACGAAAAAUGGCGAGAUUAACUUGCAUUUCCUAUAUUACAAGCGUUCAAGCGGAAAAGUGUUAGCGAAAAGAGCGAAAUCCGCGGAACUGAUACACUCAGUAAUGCUUGCUGAACUUAUUUUCUCGUAGAAUCUGUUGUGUUUAACUUCAUAAUUAAAUAGAUUAUUAAUUAGUUAUUAUCAAUUAUUAUUUUUAUUUACAACAAAUAAUGAACUUUUUAUUAAUACUAUCAAUUUGUCAGUUUGAGCUGUUAUCCAAGUAACGAUUGAGAUUUGUAAAAAAAUGAUACAUUUUGUCUCCAUGUACACGAGUUUACAAAUUUUGUAAUCUUCUCGAACGUAUUUUUAGUUUUUGACUAUUAUCUAGGUAUUUUCCUUACUUUUGUUUCGUAUAUUUGUGUUUUAUAAUAGUUUUUGUUUAUCUUUCCAUUCAUGUUUCUUGAAUUUUGUUUUUCACUACCUCGACUUAAUAUCAUGCGUAUUUUACGAAAUAGGUUGCAAUAAAAAACUUAUUGAUUGUAGUUUGAGUGCACGAGUCUCCAACAUGCAUACAUAAACGUGGUACAUAAAUUGUUUUGUUUUAAAUUUUCCACCGAUAACAUUAUACAAGCGUUAGCUUCGUUGAUUGGACUCUUAAAUGAAAUUUUAAAUACAAUGAAACAUCUUUGUUGCGUACGUAACUAUUAUAAAAUGUUGUUAAUUGUUGAAUGAUAAGUCGCUAGACGAUGAUAUUUUGCAUGUGCUUGGCUGUUUUUUGUUUCAUCAUAUUCAAAUUUUAAUAUCACUGCCCUUGCCGGCGAAGAGGUGACUAGUCUCAUGAAGUUUGUCAGUUUUAACUAUCAAUUUUUGCUACUCGUUCGAUCGAAUAUAAUACUUUUUUAUCGAUUAUAUUAUUUUUCUGAGAGAAUGAAAAUUUGAUAGCGCACUAAAUUUUGCGCCGAAAGUUUAUAUUAUUGUGAUUUUUAAUUGCCCUGAAAAUUCAAUUUAUAUUGUUUUAGGAAAAAAUGGAUUGGUUGAAGUGGCUUGAACUUUGUUUCGACUUUCGAGCGAAAUUUUAAAUAAUUUUUUUCAUUCUCUCAGACAUAUGAAAUGCAAUUAUUAUUGUACCAAUUGAAAUUAAAUUCUGCGUAGCUGAUGUACUUAAUUAUUUUUGACCGAACGAUUUGUUUUGUUAAAGCAAAGCUCGAUAGUUAAAACUAGUAGCAACUUCAGAUUAGCAUCUCUAUCGCAUUACAAUGCAUUAUUAAAAAUUUUACAUGAUUAUAACUAGCAUUUAUCGUACUUGAACUGAUGUUUGACUAAGUAAGCUUGACGUGAUAUGUCAGUUCAUAUAUUGAAAUACUUGAUUUACCUUGUAAUAGUAUUCUCUCAAAAUGUUAAAAGUAAACAGACAUUGUGUCUAUUACGAUCCAUUGUACAAAUGUAUGCACAAAGAGAAUUUUUUGGUACUUGCGUAAUCUCUUACAGACUUUUUACUUCUAAUUAUGUGCAAGUUCAAACACAAGUAAAUCUAUCGUUGAGCGUAUUCUUAUUAUAUUAUUAUUAAUAUUUAUUAUUAUUAUUAUUAAUAUUAUUAUUUAUUAUUAUAUUAUUUAUUUUUAUUAUCAAUAUUAUUAUUUUUAAAUACUAGUAAAUUGCACAAAAAUAAUGACUGAAAGAGAGCCCGAUUUACGGAAAGAAUAUAAAGUAUUGCAAUACAUACGAAUGGUUUUCACACCUGAUAAAUUUAUGAUAAAAUUAGUCGCGUUGCAUUGAUGAUUGUCCAUUACACUUACACAACUUCAUAACGUACUAUUCUUGCCGAUAUAAAAAUCUUAUGCUCGCCGAAGUUAAUGCAUAAGCGUUUUAUGAUGUAAAUAUUACGUAUGUACGUGCUUCAAACUUGAGCUCUAAUGAGCGCAGAAAGACUAAAUCAAUAAUUCCAAUUUAACCGUUUAAACGCAAACGUGACCAAAUUUCAAGUGAUAAAUGACAUUCUUUGUGAAAAGCCGUAGUGCAGAAACUAUGGAAAUCAUAAAUAUAAAUAAUGACUAUUCGUUUAUUGUACUAUGAUUAUUAUCAAUAUUAUGUACUAUUAUUGCUCUGUCUCUCUUUUUUUGUAAUGGUUUGUUAUGUUAUUAUUAUUUUUUAAAACGAUACGUGACUCUAUCGACUUCUCCUCGUCAAUUGUUCUUAAUUUAAAUGUAAAGCGUAUUUUUGUUUGUUUUUUAGUUAUUUUUUUGUUGUAAAUGCUUUUUAAUAAUAUUUCCA